UUUGUGUUUUGGCAAAAACACAUUUUUUUUCAGGGGUCCUUCAUCCAUACAGAAGCAUUUUCUACAUCUCAGUUGUCUGCUGACACAAGAUGGCAAUGCUAGCAGUUUCGACAGUGGUUCUGUUAUCAUUCGGAUGUUGCAUUGGAGCUCCGGCACCACAAAAGAAGAUUUGCUCAUUCCCACUGGAUUUAGCUCCAAACUCUGUUGACGACAUGUACAACGGCUGCGAAAAUCAGAUGGAAAGAAAAGUGGCCAGUUUGCUAAAUACAGAGAAAAGGGGUGAAUUUAGAGAUGCUUGGCGUGUAGCACAAAAAUACUACAACAAUAAAUGGGCAACCACCAGCUCAAGGCUGAAGAAAGAACAAAUCAUGGCUAUUCAUGCUUACACCCUGGAAAAACCACCACUAUACGUUGAGUUCAAUAAGGCAGUCCGAACACAAAAAUCUGGGUACACGACCAAAUUUCAAUAUCAUGCACUACACUUCUACCUCACCAUGGCCCUACGCUCCCUUAAGCGCAAUGCACCACAGUGUGUCAAGACUUAUCGGAGAACCAACUGCAAAUUUGAAACAGAGAUCAACAGAGAAAUUCGCUUUGGUGGCUUUACCUCCAGCUCAGAGGGUGGUUAUCCUUCUCCUCAUUUUGGCGACCAAUCAUGUUUUGAGAUUACCACCUGCUUUGGAGCACGCAUCUCAAAGUUCUCUAUGUUUGAAUCGGAAAAGGAGGUCCUGAUCCCUCCGUAUGAGGUUUUUAAGGUAACAGACAUAAAGAAUAAAUCUUGGAAGAAUUUCCUUCCAUGCCAGGUUGUCUACAAACUGAAGAGCACAAAAAACCCACGUUCCAGUUUAAACUGUGCUCUCACCAAAUCAGGUUUGUGA